AUGACAAACAAUCCAAGUACCAUCUAUGUUCUUGGCCUGGGAAGUAUUGGGUCAUUUAUUGCACAUUCCCUUUGUUCCCUUGUCAAACCACCUUCUGUCACGCUUCUUGUUCACAGACAAGAUCUCUACCAAGAGCUUGCAGCAAAAAAUUGGAGGCUUGGCCUACGAGUCGGAGAACGUGGUUCUUUGGAAGAAACAUCUGGUUUCAAUGCCGAGAUGCCUGGACAGCAAAGCUCACCUUGCGUCGAUCAAAUCCGCUACCUGGUCGUCGCAGUCAAAGCAUCAGCGACAGUCACUGCUCUUGAGCCAUUCAAGAACCGGAUCGGACGAGAGACCAUCAUAUGCCUCUUUCAAAAUGGCCUGGGACAGGUGGAAGAUAUGAACGAACAGCUUUUUGUUGAUCCUUCAACACGACCAACAUAUAUGUUUGGUAUAAUGCGCCAUGGCGUCUACCUGAAAUCUUCAACUGAGGCUAUACUAUCAAGUCCAAAUGGAUGCGCCGAAGUUGGCGUUGUAGGAAGCAGUCAUGGUUCGCCAGCGCCAAGUCCGGACAGGUUCCUGAUCGACGCUCUUCUCCGAUCGCCCAAUCUUCGUUGCACGGAAUUGAAGUGGGCUGACCUUUUGCGAGUCCAGCUACUCAAACUAGCGGCGAACUGCGUGGUCAAUCCUUUAACGGCUUUACUGGACAUCCGCAAUGGUGAUUUAUUAGACAACCCCCAUCUGCAACCUAUACAGUGUUGCCUAUUGAAGGAGAUCUCGAACGUUUUUGAGAAUCUCCCUGAGAUUCAACACCUGCCACGUGACUGUACAAACUUCUCCGUCAUGUCUUUGGAGGCCGUUGUGCAAGACACUGUGGAGAAGACUGCACAAAAUUCUAGCAGCAUGCGGGAGGAUAUUCGGAAGGGGAGGCCGACCGAGAUCAUGUUUAUCAAUGGCUGGGUUAUUAGGAGAGGCAAAGAUUUGGGAAUCGACUGUAUUGCCAACAUAUGUUUGACACAAAUGAUACUCGCAAAGAGUCAAGAACAGACUGGCAUUUCCAGAUCAGAUAGCUGA